AUGUCAGAACGUAAGGCUGUCAUUAAAAAUGCUGAUAUGGAACGAACUGUACAAGAUGAUGCAGUCUAUGUAGCAUCAGCUGCAAUGGAUAAAUAUGAUAUUGAAAAAGAUGUUGCUGCUUAUAUUAAAAAAGAAUUUGAUCGUAAAUACACACCAAAUUGGCAUUGUAUAGUUGGAAAACAUUUUGGAAGUUACGUAACCCACGAGACGAAUAACUUCAUCUAUUUCUACUUAGAUGAUCGUGCAGUACUUUUAUUCAAGUCUGGUUAG